GCAGGUUCUUCUCUACAGAGUGCUUGCGUGCGUGGUUAUCUGCACGUGAGAGCAAUAGCCUGAACACGUGAUGGAGACGAGAGAGAAACUGAAAUCAUGAAAAUCUAAGGAAACAACAAGGAAAACGAUCAAGAAGAUAAAAAUGUAUCCUUCUUAUUUUUCGCCGUCUCAAGGAUAUCCUUCUCUUUGUGCUCCUGCUAUGUUCGUCUUCUUGCUUCUGCUAUGUUCGUCUUCUUUUUGCUGGGUUGGGGUUUUUGGAGCUCAAGGAGAAGGAGGAGGACAAGAGCAAGAUCCCUACAGUCGUAUCGGACCAGCGGACUGUGCAUCGCUGCUUGCUCGCCGUGUACAUUCCUUUGAAGACAAUGCCAAGUUUAAGGACGCGGCUUGAGGAAAUCAAUCUUCUCUAUUUUUUGUCAUGCACAUUGCAUUUCCGAAGUUGAAUCUGAGCAGGCGGUGGCAUGUGCUCAGAAAAUAGCAUUUGAUCAGUUGUAGUUUGCAACUAGCCAGGACGGUAGUUAGAUACUUAAAUGCUUUCUUCAGAAGGAAACGCUCUCUGAAAAGGUUAACAGAGAUGGAUUUCAUCAGGAGAGCAGCAGUACAGAUCUAAAAAAUACGAGGAGCUGCGAGGGGCGUGCGCAGUACGCGCUUUCUUGCAGUAUGGGAAGAAAACAGCGUCC